AUGACUUUCAAAUGGAUCCAUCAUCAUGAAGGGGUUGCUCUUUCUGCGUCCCUGGCUUCCCGCCCUCUCGCAGCCGCAGGAGAUCUCAACAACCCGCCUACCAGCAUGGAUACGGUGGAUCCAAUCUUUGCUCUGGUAGCGGUGAACCCGCUUCUUGCUGCAGUGGCCCUUCCUGUGUACUUCGCCCUCUCAGUCUGGAGCACGCACCGGGUGUUCCAUUUUCUGCUCACCUGGAGCGCCACGCAGACUGCCAAGAGGUGCGACCGCUGGGUACAAGAGUGCGAAGGCACCCUGGCCUCCUCCUGGUGGCAGCGCCGUGUCGUACCGCUCAUUUUUCCUUCACAGACACACCGGUCGAGGUUCUGCAGAGAUGCCGACAAGUUCGAGGCUUGCCCCAAGUACGUGCAAGAACUCCGUCUCAUUGCCGCACCUGCGAUCCCGGGGGGGGAUGCCACGCCUACGCCUGCUCGUGCGUUCAGUUCGAUCACCAACGAGCACCACAGCGGAAAGGGAGAACAUCACCGUUGUUCCGUUUUUCUCGGGACCAUCAGGAGAGGGGCCGCAAGGGCAUGGAGAGAAGUUCGCGCUGCCGCCAAGCAUGUGGGGGCCGUUGCGAAAUGCGCGUGGAGCGAGAGGAGGGAAAAGGCCUACUCCGCCGUGCUCAAGAAAACUGGUACCAAGCGAAAAGUCGGCGGCAGCAGUUGCAGCGUUGUCGGCGGGCACUCACCCGCCCAGCCCCGCACGGCUCCCAGCCAAGUGGACAGAGUUCUGGCAGCACGGAGAGCCCUACGGGGAUCCGACACAACGGGCGCUGUGCGGCUGGCGUUCGGCCUCAACACGGUGUUUUUCGUGGUCGCGGGCCUUCGGCGACUGAGAGCGAGGAAGCCGUGUCUAGCUUGGGGAGACUGGGACGAUGCAUCGUUGAAGAGUUUCAUGGAAGAGGAGGUGGAUGAGUUCUACCACCGGGCGGCGUUGCCAACACUGGCCCGGCAAUGGAACGUGCCAUUUUUGAGCAAGAGGGAGGCAGCGAAGACUCUCGACCACGUCAUCGGCGCCAACGGCCGCCUCGAGGCGAGGGUGGUAGGAUCCACCGCCCCGACGACGAAGGGGGUCACGCUGAUAGAAACCAGGACGAGGAACCGCCGCGGAGCUCCCGCCAACGGGAGGGACGGCAGCGUCACCGCACCACUACCGCCGCUGCGACAAGAUGAGCAGCAUCAAGAGCGGCAUCGUCACUCCGGGCAACGGACGCCGCCGCGACCAACGCCACCCCGCACCACCCCCUCCCGUCACAGCAACACCACUCCGUCGAGGUGGGGGCAGACGACGGGGACGGGUUCGGAUGCCCCCCGCCCCUUUGAACCUGCGUCGCCCCCUGUAGGGGAAGGCGGCGGCAGCGGUGCAGUGGUAGCCGCCGCGGCUGACGCCGCGGCUGAGGCGGUCCGAUUUUUUCACCAGAUUUCCUCGCCUAUCCGGCUUUCGGCCGGCGGUGGGUGGGGCGAGAUCGAUAGUCGCGAGGGAAGAGGAAGAGGGGGUGGGGGUGCCGGGAUGAUGGGGGAAAGGGUACCGGGAGGGGACAGAGAGAGGUUGGGGGUGAGCAAGAUACGGCUUUCGGGCCAGCAGCAGCAGCAGGGUGGUGGCACUCGAGGCGGCGCGGGAAACGGGGACGAACACUCGCCGCGGGGGCUGCAGGAGCACCGCGUUCACAGGGCGGACGUGUGGAAGUGGGAGUACUGCAAAGGGGUGGCGGUUUACGCCGUUGAGGUUGAGGUGCUGGGGCAGAGCUUCGCGAGGAACGUGUAUCGAAGGUAUUCCCACUUCCUCCAGCUCUGGGAGGACAUUUGCGAGACCCACCACGGCGUCAGAGACUUCACGUUCCCUCCGAAGGGGGCAGUUUCCAGCGCUAGGGGCGCCUUUUCCGAGGUGCUGGGCGAGAAGCGGCCGGAGGAUCAACGCCGGGAAAAGUUUUGCGAGCUUCUUGAAGUCCUGAUGAAACUCGAGCCCCGCCCCCCGGCCUUGCGCCACUUCUUGGCCCCUUGGCCGACUGAGAGCACUGCCAGCAGCAGCACCGCGGCUACGGGGCUUGUCGGGGGCCGUCGGAACCAAGAAGGACAACACCAGCAAGAAAACGCUCGCGAGGAAGACGGGGCAUCGUGGGCCGGCACACGCACGACAAGGAACGGCGGCGGCGGUGGCGGCGGCGGCGGUGGCGGCGGCGGCGGGUCCGAGAGCGCUUCAUUUGGCGGCAUCUGGCUCACCGGCGGGGGUAGCGACGCCCGGAGAAGGGACCAGCGGGAGCAGCUUCGUCUCCGGGGGGUCGCGGCGGAAGGACUGCCAGUCACGCCCGACCGGCCACCGCACAAUGACAGGACCAGGGGCAGCACCGCUACUACCAGGCAGGCGGGAGUGGAGGCGGCGACGGCUGAGGAGCACUCGGCCGUUCCCCUCCCCCGGGACCUCCGGCUGUGGGUUUUCCUCACCUUAGUUGGCGUGCUGGAGGCCUGCGCCGCUGUCCGCGCUCUCGGGGUGACGGCGCUGUCCCUGCCGGUGACCCUUGUCCUGACGGCGAUCGCCCCCGCGGUAGCAGCCGUGGCCUUUUCCGUGUCCUCUCGCUCCCGCUCGUGCCCUUCGCGGCAAGGGCAGCAGGAGCGACGGAAGCUUAGUCGUCCGCCUCAGCUCGACGCCGACUCCGGCGGCGUUCGUGGCCGAGCGACCGCCCUGUCAUUCGGGCGGCGACCGUGGCAACCACAUUUACUCGGCGGUGUUGCUGCUGCCGCUGCUGCUGCUGUUGGAUUGGGCGGCCUACAUGGUGGCGGUGGCGGUGGCGGUGGCGGUGGCGGUGGUGGUGGUGCUGCUGCUACUGUUGGAUUGGGCGGCCUACAUGGUGGCGGUGGCGGUGGCGGUGGCGGUGGCGGUGGUGGUGGUGCUGCUGCUACUGUUGGAUUGGGCGGCCUACAUGGUGGCGGUGGCGGUGGCGGUGGCGGUGGCGGUGGUGGUGGUGCUGCUGCUACUGUUGGAUUGGGCGGCCUACAUGGUGGCGGUGGCGGUGGCGGUGGCGGUGGCGGUGGUGCUGCUGCUACUGCUGCUGUUGGAUUGGGCGGCCGCGGAGGCACCCCUCGGAGAAGCGGCGUGGUCACCUCGAGCAGCAGCCCGACUCGAGGUCGCGCGCCAAGGGGGGUGAGACGAAAAUCGCCCGCAAGGCCGCCGAUUGGCCACCGGGGGGCGGGGGGUGUCAACGCCUUGGGCUUAGGGUUAGGUGCCUCCUCAUUUCCCGCGACGGCAGUCGGCGGGGUGCGGGCAGUAGCGGCGGGGGUUCCGGGCGGCAUCGCACAGGAGCUGCAGAUGGAGUAG